AGAGGGUGGGUGGUGCCAACCCCCGGCUGGCGAGCGGGUGGCUUCUGUGAGGAAAACAGCCGUUAAUCUACCGUUGGUCAGGCUGCUGCUGACAUGAGCGGCCUGGCUGGGGCUGAGAGGUCCCUUUUCCCCCAAACCGGCAGUCUCACGAUUCCCGACCGUGCCCCAGAAGACCUGGACCCACGCCAGUGCCUGAAGCUCCGUGAGGACACCGAGGUGUCGCAGGUGAUGGCGGAGCCGGGUGCGGGAAGCUUGAACACGGUCGCGCUCCCACCGCCUCAGCUUCCAGAGGAGCGGGGAGCCUUCCACGCCCCCGGGGGCUGUGGCCACCCUGCCCAGAUCCGAGGCGGUGGGCAUCGCGGUUUCGCAGCGACCGAAGCGGGGCCGGCGGAGGCUCCGCCUCUCACGGAAGGCCUGGAAGCUGUGUCGGUGUCCGUGGCAACGGACAACAGCCUGAAAAAUGGCUGUCAGAGUGGAGAGCCGCGCGGCUCAGGUGGGGAGAAGCCAGAGGGGCCGGGGUCUGAGGUGGUGGCAGAGGUGAAGGCCAAGGAAGUGGAGCCUGAGAAGUGCGCCAUUUUCUCGGUAGCAGUGGAUGAGGAGGUGGUGAAGGAAGAAGUGAAGGAGGAGGAGGAGGAGGUGGUGGUGGAGCAGAAGAUGGAGAUAGAGAAGCAAGUAGGUGAAGAAAUAGAAAUGAUUGAGGAAAAUAGAGUGGUAGAGGAGGUGAAGGAAGAAGCAGGGCCCCGACCCUUGAAUAUGGAUCUCCGCAUGAACCCCCUGGAAGCCAUCCAGUUGGAACUGGACACUGUGAAUGCUCAGGCUGACAGGGCCUUUCAGCAACUGGAGCAUAAAUUUGGGCGGAUGCGUCGUCACUACCUGGAGAGGAGAAACUACAUCAUUCAGAAUAUCCCGGGCUUCUGGGUCACUGCCUUUCGGAACCACCCCCAGCUGUCCCCCAUGAUUAGGGGCCAAGAUGCAGAGAUGUUAAGAUACAUAACCAAUUUGGAGGUAAAGGAGCUCAGACACCCUAGAACUGGCUGCAAAUUCAAGUUCUUCUUUCGAAGAAACCCUUACUUCAGAAACAAGCUUAUUGUCAAAGAAUAUGAGGUCAGAGCCUCUGGCCGAGUGGUGUCUCUUUCCACUCCAAUCAUAUGGCGCCGGGGCCAUGAACCCCAGUCCUUCAUUCGCAGGAGCCAAGAUGUCGUCUGCAAUUUCUUCACCUGGUUUUCAGACCACAGCCUUCCAGAGUCUGACAAGAUUGCUGAAAUUAUCAAAGAGGAUUUGUGGCCAAAUCCACUGCAGUAUUACCUGUUGCGUGAAGGAGUCCGUAGAGCCAGACGUCGCCCAAUAAGAGAGCCAGUAGAGAUCCCCAGGCCCUUUGGAUUCCAGUCUGGUUAAUCUCAGCCUUUGGAAAUACUGCACAAGGUCCCCUACCACCUCUUGCUGGACCUGUGCUUGGACAACAGAAAUGGGUAUGCCUUCUGCCUUUUUUUUUUUUUUUUUCCCUUUCCUGACAUUUCUACAACCUUUUUCCUCUGGACAUUGUUUUCUCAACCUCAAGAUUGAGACUUUCAAGGCCAUGCUCCUCCAUUUCCACAUGGCCUUCAUGCCAUUCUGCAUUACUAUCACAUGCUGCAUGGUCAUGAUUUACAUUAACUCCUAGGCCAAGCUGUAAAUUGCAUUACCUUUAUCUGCACUGCAUGGACCCUGUUUGUUUCCAGGGCCUUUGGUCUGGCUCUUAGCAGCUGGAAUUCCAGCUUUGCCUUUAGUACAGGCACGUAGCCUGUGGACAGUUGUGGGAUAGAGAGAGCAGCAGUGUGCCACUUGGUCUAUGUGAUUUAUGUAACUCCAUUGCUCUUGCACCUCUGGUCACCUCCUACUGCCUACUACUGGCUAUGCCCACCCACUUUGGGCUCCUCCCUACCUUGCAGAUAAUUGUCAGCCCUCCUGUCUGGUUUCUGGUAGACCAGAAUCUCUAGAACUGCUGGUGGACCCAGGUUUCCUGCCAGCACACAAAAGACCCUUCCAUUCCUCUCCCCAAAAGACCUCCUUGAUUCCUCACCCCCCUCUUCCCUCCAUCUCCAUGAUCCAGAACACUACUGUCAAGCUGGUGAUCGAGCUAGUGACAAGUUAGACCUUAUUCUUAUGGCCAGAGUAAGGAUGGUGUCCAUUCUAACUACCAGGUUUUCUCAGCCUCAACUAGUAAAUUCACACAAAACUUAGGUAUACCUCUUGUGCCUCCUCUCCUUACCUUGAACGCGAUUAAAUGCCAGGGUGGCAGUACACUUUUUCUCCAUCUGUCUCCUGUCUCUUAAAAAAAAAAAAAAAGCUCAAAAGCGUCUGCAAAAGCAGUCCUUUUAGUUUAAUUUGGCUUUAGCUCUUCAUUAUUUCCAGGGACAGGUUGUCCUGUAAAAUAGAUUGCUGGAGCUCUUAUUUCCCUCUGCUCUCUUCCCCACCCUCCACCCCCUUUAGUGACACAUAGAGCGUUUAAAGGGAGACAGAUCUAGUUCUUGGUGGAUGGAAGAACCAGAGAUUGUGUUGGGUGCCCUAAGCGGGGAAAACUGAACAGAAGACCACAGGCAAAAAUGAGCAAGAUAAAAAUUGCGCUAAGAUUAAGACUGGCUGACAGAGCCUUCAAGGAAGAGAUUUUCUCUUUCAGUGGUAAUGGGAGGAGAAAUAGUUUUUCUCAGGAUUUCCAUGGGAGAAUUGAAAGGGAUUGGAGUGUUAAGUGUAUUGCCUAGAGAAGAGUUCUUUAAAGAAACAAAGCAACUUUGGGUGCUUUCUCUUGUUUUCAUUUGAUUUAAUUUAUUCAGAAGAUUGAUACUGUGUUUUUUGUUUUUUUGGUGUUUAGUAAAAUAACAUUUUCUAUUUCUGCUUACUGGGAAAAUUGAGCGAUAUAGGCUUUCUUUUUGCUUUCAAUUGGGAAUAUUUGGAAAAAAUAACAGUUUUACUUUCCUGUAAGAUAUAGAGACUUAAAUGAAUAUGAGAGUUUUCAACUUCUUGUUUCUGUUAAAACUGUAUCCUUAGAAAUAUAAUUUGUGUAAUUUGAUUUUGUUAGAAUCUGAAGGCUGGAAAUUGCUGUUCUCAUGGAAGAAUAACCUACAAAAGAUGUUUGCUUGAUUGUCUUACUUGAUAAUUUAUCCUGGUAACAACUUAGUAAUUGAUGUGUUUUUUUUUUUUUUCCUAAAUAUAAAUACUUGUGAGAUUGCUCUGUCAAAUUGGAAAUGUAACAUUGCCAUAUUUGUUUUUCCUUAUAUGCGUCCUAGUAAAAUAAAAGCAUGUUACUCUG